AUACCAAGGAAUUUUUAGUGGGUUGCAAAUGUCAGCUAUCGCGAAAAAUUAACAAAUUGAGAAAAAUUGUAUAUUUUUUGCAAUUCUUUAAAAUUUCUUACUUUUAAAACGUGUAUUAAUAGUGAAAAAGACAACAAGUGAUAAGUUCUACCUUGACCUUGUGAAAGAAGGCUUGAAAAUGGAUAAUUUACUGCCGAGAACAACUUUUUUAGCGUCGGAGGAAACCGCAGCAUUAUUUACAAAUGAAAAAACUGCAAAUGCCAGGUCAAAGGUUGUUGAGUGGCUCAAUGAGGCUUCUCUGGCAGACAAAACGACCAAGUGUGAACUCCUUAGCAAGAUACAGGAGCUCACGGUGAAUUCCGACGAAGAAAUCCUUGAGGAAUUUAUAGACAAUGUGUUGACUUUUGCCCAAGACCCGCUGGCAGAUGUAAAGAGAACCGUUGUGGGAUUUAUGGAAGCUGUUGCAAAGAAAGAUGCGCAGUUUCUCCCCAAAAUUGCCCCAAUUCUCGUUCUCCUGCUACGAGAUCACUCACCACAGGUGCAGAAGCGUGUCAUCCAAGCCUUUGCGGCAAUUUAUCGGAGUGCUCUGAAGUGGAUUUGUACUGCCACGGAAGCCACUGAGGCGACUGAUAGUAUGGAAGAAGCAUGGAAUGCUCUGUGUAACAUUAAAGCCCAAAUUGUUGAUAUGAUCGACAGUGAUAACGAUGGGAUACGCACGAUUGCCAUUAAAUUCCUCGAGGGAGUUAUUAUGCUUCAAACAUAUCCAGAUGAGGAUAGCGUAAAGAAGGAGAAUGAUUUCUCCCUCGAAGAUGUCCCGACAACGCUUAAAAUCGUCCGGAAACGGAAGCUGGAGGAUGAAGCAAUAAACAUCUUUGAAUUAUUGCUAAAAUUUCAUGCAGCUUCCCAUAUAUCUUCUGUGAAUUUAAUUACAUGCACAGGAUCCCUGUGCUUAGUGGCCAAGAUGCGUCCGUCUCUCAUGAGCCCCGUUGUGGAAGCAAUUGCCAAGCUGAAUUCCAACCUGCCACCCACACUGACGGACUCACAAGUGAAUUCAGUGCGGAAACACAUCAAGAUGCAGCUAAUAAACAUCCUCAAACUACCAUCGUCGUAUGAAAUGCAGUCCACCAUUGUGCAGAUUUUGAGCGAUUUGGGAUGCAGCAAUCAAGAGAUUGCACGUGCACUACCCAAAAUAGAUAAACAUGAGCAGCAGAGACGUGCAAAGAGAGCUCUAGAAUCGAGUAUGGCCAAUGCUGCUAAGAAGGCCAGACACGAGAAGGAUGAUCGAGAGCGCGUGAUGGAGGUAGAUCAGGAGGAAUUGGCUAAUCAGAGAGCCAGGUGUGUGAAAAUCAACGAGACAAGUAUCCUGGAAGCCAUUAAAUCUCCCGAGCUUGUAGUUCAGGUUGUGGCAGAAACUCUGCCAAAGCUUCCGGACGAGUGUCCAAAACAUUUCCUGGAAAAUUACACACCAAUCAAGGAUAUGACUCAUGCACAGCAGAUGCUACGAAUUGCUCAAGGUUUAGCGGAGGAGAUGACAGAUAAGAAGUGUGGUCCAGGCAUGAGUGCUUUCACCAAGGAUCCACCGAUGCGUCCCAAAGUGUCUGUUGAUGAGGACAAAGCACAGGGAAUACGCAAAGAGCCAGUAGUUGUUGAGCAAGCUGCUCCAACGGAAAUGGAGGUAGUACGCCCGGAAGACGACAGUCAAAUGCGAAAGGAUGAGGCCACAAAGAAACUACGGGAGCAUCUGGAACGCACAAAGGGGGAACAGAGUUUACUGCCAAAAAUGAAGCAACGCGUGAGAACGCUAAAGUUGCAAGAAGUGACAAAACCCCUCCCGAAGCAGCUUAAAGAACAAUUUCUCCUGGAGGCUGUGAAACGCAUCCUCGAUGCAGAACGAGUAGCUCUUACGGGCGGUGCUGCACAUCAUCGACGGAAGAUACUCACAGUGCUGGCGUCAACAUUCUCACCGAGUGUGCGCGACAACAUCCUCGCGUUUAUAUUCAAUGACAUCAAGGAGCAUCUGGAUCUUGCUUUCUCUUGGAUCUAUGAGGAAUACAGCCUCCUUCAGGGCUUCACACGGCACUCGUACAUCAAAUCUGAACACAAACCUGACUAUGCCUACAAUAAAUUACUCUGCGAUCUCAUUCAGCACGUAGCUUAUCAUGCAGAAAUCCGGGAUAGGGCAUGGAAGAUUGAAGUCAUACGAUCUUUCUACUUGGAAUCUCCACUGAUAACAGAUGAAUCAAUUAACAUCCUUGUCUCUUUGUGCGAAAUGGAAUACUACACGGAUGUUGCUGUAACACUCGUUAAGGAUAUUGCCCUGCAGCGUCCAACAAAGACGGAUAAAUUCAUGAAAGUCCUCUUGCGAUUUGUUCUGCAUGAAAGUCCCGAAAUACGUGGGAAGGCUAUUGAGGAAGUUAUCACACUCUAUGCUGUCCACAAGAUGAUGGUGACACAGAUAGAGGAAUUUGCCCUACUGUGGCUGUCCUACUUGGACAGGGAAGCUCCACCGGAUGAGAUUUUCCAUUUGCAGUACGGACGCCCGGAACCCAUUUUGAUGUGGACGGAUGAUUUAGCAAGGAUUUGUCUCAAUCUCUUCCUGGCACUGAUGCCAUACCAUGAGAAGCUCAUCCACAAUCUCUGCUCCGUCUAUACAUCCACUAGCAGUGACAUGAAGAGGAUCAUCUUGAGAUCAAUUGAGGCUCCCAUCCGUCACAUUGGACCAGAUAGUUUUGAACUGUUGAAUUUGGUCGAAAACUGCCCAAAGGGUGCUGAAACACUAAUCACGCGAAUUAUCUACAUCCUCACUGAGAAGGCACCACCCACACCUGAGCUCGUGACUCGCGUAAGAGAGCUGUACCAGAACAAAGUGUCCGAUGUGCGUCUUCUAAUCCCCGUAAUGAGUGGACUGACUAAGAAGGAGAUUCUCACGUCCCUUCCGCGCUUUAUAAAACUCAACCCGGUCGUGGUGAAGGAAGUCUUCAACAGGCUCCUCGGACUCACGACUGAUUUUCACAAUGCACCCCUUCCAGUUAGUCCUACUGAACUCCUUGUGGCGCUUCAUACAAUUGAUCCAGCAAAGGUGGAGCUGAAAUUCAUUGUUAAAGCCACAAGUUUGUGCCUCGCAGAGAAAGAAACCUACACUCAUGAGGUCCUGGCCAUUGUCCUGCAACAACUCGUGGAAAUGCUGCCCCUACCCACACUCCUAAUGCGCACAGUCAUUCAAUCCCUGACACUCUAUCCACGACUCGCGGGAUUUGUGACAAAUCUCCUCCAGCGCCUCAUCCUCAAGCAUGUGUGGAAGCAAAAGGUGGUCUGGGAUGGAUUCCUAAAGUGUUGUCAGAGGCUCGUCCCACAGAGCCUCCCGGUUCUCAUUCAACUGCCAGCACCACAACUGCAGGAAGCCCUAGCACAGUGUCCCGAUCUGAGGGCACCUCUGCUGGAUCAUGUGAAGACCAUCACUGAGAUUGGGACGGUUUCGCAGGCAAUUCUGGAUGUUCUCAUGGGGAAUGUUGAGCGCAAAAAGGAACCAGAAAGACAAAAGCUAAACGACAGCGAAGCCAAGGAUGAUGUUCCCGGUGGAUCUGACCAACCACUUCCUCCAGGAGAGGAUUAAAUUGAAACCCAUUUCUAUUUCUUUAAAAAAUAAAUAAAAAAAGAAAA